AUGAAGAGCUUCCUCAUCUCAGCGCUUCUCGCCGCCACCGCUGCGGCUUUGCCCCAGGGGCUCGGCCAAAUCACCCGCAUAGUGAUCACCGAUGCCCAACCAACAGCCAUCGCGGUGCCACGAAAUGCAGAGGCCCAGCACCUUGGGCCCGUCAGCCGAACGGUGAUCUACGAUUCCCAGCCUACUCGUAUCUCAGUGCCGCGAGAUGAUGUUCUGGAUAACGCAAAGCGCCAAACGAUCGGCGGCAUAUGCUCCAGCAACGACUCGUGUGCGCCGGGAUUCUCAUGCACCUCCCUCGGUAGCGGUUACUCGCUGUGCCUCCCUAAUAUCCUAGUACCAUCAGUGGUGCCAAUAACGGCAUCACGUACGGACAUUGGAGAUGUUCCAGUAAGCUCUGGAGGCGCCAUUCAGCCAACCAAUGUUGCUAUUGCCGGCCGUAAGUAG